CAAACGCCCUUCAUCCGACGGCUGGGGGCUGCAUCCUUCGGUUCAAAACUUCCCAGACCGGCUCUUCUGAAACACCUGUUUAUCGAGUAUGUGCUUUCGGAGCCUUUGGACCCUCCGAAGAAAGAAGGGCCAGUCUUCUGAUACCACUCUGUCUCUCUGUCUCUCCGCCAUAGCUGUUGAUCUUUUCCUUUCAUGGGUUUUGUUUUCUCCAUUCAUCGCAUGCUUCUGGUUCUCAUAUAUUGGCUGAAUCCAAUCUCUCUCCGGCUCUGCAUAUUUUUUUUGUGGGUCUGAAAUUUUGCUUUGUGGGUUUAAAUAAAUGGCCACCAAUGCAUCUGGGUUCUUCACUGCUCCGACAGUUCCGAGCCAGAGGAGGAAGAUUCAGCCUUCAAUACGCAUUUUUGGAUCUGGGUUUCCUUCCCCUGAGGGAAUCUCCAAGAGGGUAUUCUGCUCCAGCACUUUUGAAGGCGCAGAGAAGCAUGUUGGAGCUUCCGCUUCUGAAUCUCGAUCACCCAAGCUUGUCAGUAAAGGCUGCAAGUUAAUUGGAUGCGGCUCAGCAGUACCCAGUCUUAAGAUUUCAAAUGACGAUCUUGCGAAAGUAGUAGAUACUAACGAUGAAUGGAUAUCUGUUCGCACUGGGAUUCGUAAUCGACGAGUUAUUUCAGGCAAAGAGAGCCUGACAACGUUAGCGGUCGAGGCAGCUCAUAAAGCUCUUGAGAUGGCACAGGUUGAUGUUGAUGAUGUGGACCUAAUCUUGGUGUGCACAUCUACGCCUGAUGAUAUCUUUGGCUGUGCCCCUAAGGUUCAGAAAGCACUCGGCUGCACAAGGAAUCCUUUAGCGUAUGAUAUUACAGCUGCUUGUAGUGGAUUUAUUUUGGGUCUGGUAUCAGCGCAUUGUCACAUUAAGGCUGGUGGAUUUAAAAAUGUUCUUGUUAUUGGGGCUGAUGCUCUUUCUCGGAUUGUUGACUGGACCGAUAGAGGAACGUGUAUACUCUUCGGGGAUGCUGCUGGGGCUGUAUUGAUACAGGCCUGCGAUGGUGAGGAUGAUGGUUUGCUUUCUUUUGAUGUGCAUAGUGAUGGUGAAGGAUACAGACAUCUAAAUGCCGCCUUGAAAGAAAAUGAAACAGACGAUGUGUUGGGUUCUAAUGGUUCAGUCCUAGGCUUCCCUCCAAGACGAGCUUCAUAUUCGUGCCUUCAAAUGAAUGGUAAAGAGGUCUUUCGCUUUGCUGUGCGUGUUGUGCCGCAGUCAAUUGAGUAUUCCCUUGCAAAGGCUGGUCUCCCUGCGUCUAGCAUUGAUUGGUUACUGCUCCAUCAGGCAAACCAGAGGAUCCUUGAUGCGGUUUCUACUCGCAUGCAAAUCCCAUCAGAACAGGUGAUUUCAAACUUGGCAAACUAUGGCAACACGAGCGCUGGUUCCAUACCGUUGGCAUUGGACGAAGCUGUGAGAAGCGGGAAGGUGAAACUAGGCCAUACUAUUGCAGCUGCCGGUUUUGGAGCAGGUCUGACUUGGGCUUCUACCAUUUUCAGAUGGGGUUGAAACUCGAAACCUUGCCUCCUGCCAAUACAGAACAAGAACGUCGUCCUAGCCGUAUGAAGCGCGGUUUUGCAAUUCUUGCAUCACGUUCCAAAUGUGUUAGGUAUUGUUGCAUCAAAUCUCCAUCAGCGCCCCUUCAUUUGUUUUUCUUUAGUUUUUGGCACCCUCAAUAAGAUUGUAUUGUUUUUCGUCGGUCCAAUAAUUUAUUUGUUUUCUGUCUCUUGAGUCACAAGCCAAGGCUAAAAUAACAAUUCUAAUGCUGCAACGAAGACAGCUACUCUAUAUCUCAUGUUUGAAUUGAGCAUUUUACAAAACUUUUGUUUUUGACAA